CGCCGAACUCAGGAUAACCCAGAUCGAAGGAUAUAGCCGCCUUUUCCGGUUUAUAUAAUUGCGUGCGGAUAUCGCAAAUAGUGGUCAUCAUCGCGUUGCUGGUGGUAUAAAGUACCAUUUGCCAAAAUCAUCAUCACACCAGCAAAAGUAACAACACACACACACAGCAUGGACGCAAUAGAGGAGCGCAAGGUUUACCGUCUGGUGCUCACGGGAGGACCGUGUGGUGGCAAAACGACCGGCCAAUCGAGGCUGUGUACGUUUUUUGAGAACCUCGGAUGGAAGGUUUUUCGCGUGCCUGAAACGGCCACAAUCCUACUCAGCGGUGGUAUCAAGUUCGCAGAUUUGGUUGCCGAAGAAGAUCGUAGCAAAAAGAAGGCACAUGCGACCGGCACAUCUACUGGCGCCGUACCUUCCGCCACCGCCGAAUCUGCCCGCGAACCGGCCGUCUUUAAGGAUGGCGUCCCGGAGCAUAGCGUUAUUGAUAUUGACCAAAUUACAACCUGUCCCCGGUGCAUGGCCGCCGCCGUCGGGAAAGUUGGUGAUGUGUACAAGUUUCAGGAAAACUUGCUUCGUACAAUGAUACAGAUCGAAAACACAUACUUCGAGCUGGGCAGGACGAGCAACAAAAACUGCUUGAUCAUCUGCGAUCGUGGUUUCAUGGAUGCCAGUGCAUAUAUCUCCAAAGAAAAAUGGGAUCGUAUGAUGCGUUCGAACAACUGGAAUCCAGUAGAGUUGCGCGAUAAUCGCUAUAAUCAGAUCAUUCACAUGGUGUCGGCCGCGAACGGUGCGGAACAGUUUUACGCCACGGAGGAACAUUCGUGCCGUUCGGAAGGGGUCACAUUGGCACGCGAGCUCGACUAUAAGGCCGCAUCGGCAUGGAUCGGACAUCCGUACUUCGAUGUGAUCGAUAAUUCUACCGACUUUGAGAACAAAGUGAAUCGCAUGAUCGAGUGCGUGUGCCAGAAGCUCGGCAUCGACAUUGGCGACCGGUUAUCGAUCACUUCGCGAAAAGUCAAAUUCUUGGUUUCUGGACCAAUGCCUCCGGAUACGUCGUUCCCCGCGUUCCAGGACUUCGAGGUCGUGCAUCAUUAUCUGCAGUGUGCCGGUCCUCGUGUGCAGGCUCGUUUGCGCAAGCGGGGACAGAACGGUCGCUGGAGUUACAUUCAUACGAUACGCCGACCCCAGCAACAUGGUCAGUCGAUAGAGGUGCGGACGCAGCUGUCGCAUCGCGAUUAUCUGAACAUGCUAACGCAGCAAGAUGAUGCGCACUUUACCAUCUACAAGAAGCGUCGCUGCUUCCUUGUCAACAACCAGUACUUCCAGAUGGACAUCUACAAGGACCCGAGCCAUCCGAGAUGCAAAGGUCUGAUUUUGCUGGAAACCUACACCUCGCUGACAGGGGACAAAUUGAAAGCGAUUUUGCCGAAAUUUUUAAACAUCGUGAAGGAAGUCACUGGACAGCCGGACUACUCGAUGUUCAAUCUGUCGCUCCGGGAAGACUGGAACAACACCAAAAAGUUCUGCUAUUCGCUGCAUGGUAAGAACACCUGUUGCCACCGAACGGUCGACAGUACCAAUACGAACACAACAUCCACCACCACUCCCACCAUUGCUACUGCCACGGCUACAACUGAUACGGGCGUAGAUAAAGCCGAUGAAGAUAUCGGUGCCACUACUGAGUAGGAUACUGGCAGCGGCAGAUUAA